AUGUUCAUUGGUGGAUUAAACUGGGAGACGACUGACCAAUCUCUGCGAGACUACUUUUCCCAAUUCGGCGAAGUCGUCGAGUGCACUGUGAUGCGAGACAGCAGCUCCGGCCGAUCCCGAGGGUUUGGUUUCUUAACCUUCAAGGACGCCAAAACUGUCAAUAUUGUCAUGGUCAAGGAACAUUUCCUGGAUGGUAAAAUUAUCGAUCCCAAGAGAGCAAUUCCUCGGGAUGAACAAGAAAAGACCAGCAAGAUUUUUGUUGGUGGAGUUAGCCAAGAUACUACAGACCAAGAAUUUCGGGAAUAUUUUGCUCAGUUUGGUCGGGUUGUUGAUGCCACGCUGAUGAUGGAUAAAGACACAGGCAGGCCUCGAGGGUUUGGGUUCGUUACUUUCGAAAGCGAAGCCGGCGUGGAUGCCUGCAUCAAUGUGCCACUUGAAAUACAUGGAAAGCCCAUUGAAGUUAAAAAGGCCCAGCCGAGGGGCAACCUACGAGAGGAAGAGGAGGCGUCGAAACGUGGAAAAUUCAGAAAGGGUGAUGACCAGUCCGGCCAAGUCGGAAUGGGCCAGCAAAUGGGUGGUAACAAUUCAGGUAUGACACCACAGGUCAUGGCCCAAUACUUUCAGCGAAUGCAGCAAUACUUUGCCAUGAUGCAGUCACAAAUGGCCAUGUCUCGAGGCAUGCCCAUGAACCCGGCCAUGUGGCAGCAAAUGCAGCAGAUGCAACAGAUGCAGCAGAUGAUGGGACGUGGCGGUGGUCCUGGCCAAAACAUGAUGAACAAUAUGAACCCCCAAAUGAUGCAGCAGAUGCAGCAGAUGCAACAACAGAUGAUGCAGCAACAACAGGGCGGUGUUCAGGGCGGUGGUGAUGGUAGCUACAAUGGCUAUGACCAGUAUCAGCAGCAAGGCUCUCAGGGUCCUCAUGGUAGCGGCAGGCGAGGUGGCCGUGGAGGCUAUGGUGGCGGCGGAUACAACAACAUGGGUGGAGGUGGAGGAGCUCCCACAUCCUGGGAGGGCAUGUACGACGAUGUGCCGCAACCUAAUGCCAACCAGGGAUCAUCUCGACGGGGUGGAAGCGUCGGUCAGGGAGGAACCCCCGAUCCUCAACACUCACCGCCGGCCAACGCCCCAACAGGACCAAAGAACGCCGGAAAGCCUGGCGCAAACUACCGUGGCGGUGGACGUGGUGGAAGCAGAGGCUUCCAUCCUUACGCUCGAUGAACGAAAUGGCAAGGGAUUCUUACGUCCGAUCAGGAUGAAACCCAGUUUGACAUUUUUGACUACUCGAAGAGUUAAGGGACCGCUCAAACUGCUACCCGCUGCAGAUGGGCCUUUUUGCCGUCACUCCUUUUUUCUUCUUCGGAAUGAUGGGACUUGUAUUAAUACUACUUACUGAAUAUCCAGAUUGAGGGAACCGGCACGAUCUACUGGGCUAAGCAUCUAGAAGAGGAUGGAAGGAUGGAGGAUAAAGAUACUUGAGUGAAUGAGGGGGAAAGGGGGAGGUUUUUCUCUUCCUUGUGGACUGAUUUGAUUUUGUUCAAAGGUUUUUUUCUUUUUCUUUUUUUCCUUUUUCUUUUUGUUUAGCUUUGAGAGGGGGAAAGGGAAGACACUUGCACUUAUUUACUAUUAUUGCUUUUAUCGAGAAACAGGGUCAGUUUGUGGACUCGGGGACAAGAACAAAAAAAACAUGGGUCGUUUUCGUUUACUACUAUCAGAAUGGUAUAAUAUAUGGUAUUAAAACUCAAACCUGGCAUUGUGAUGUUGCAACUUGUGCAGAGAGAAAGCGUCAAAAACACGAUUUAGACAAGUAGCUAUGCUUGGAGGCACAAAGGAGAGUAUAUGUGGAGAUUUGCUUUCUUCUCUUACAACUCAUCGGAUCUCAAUCUGCACCAAAAUACGUUGUAAUAGGAAUCAAAAAAUAUAUUUGGAAAAAAAAAAACAUAAAGGCUCUUUGCUAUCUCAUGCGUUCCAAUCCGGUUUGGUAUAUGUUUUAUCCCAUGCCCUGCUUUCCCUGCUCCUAAUGAGCUCCUCACAAAAAUCCCAAAUAAACGCUUCAUGCGCCUUUAAGAAAGAAUAAACUUUAUGCAUCCCGCUCUUUAGCUAAACUAAGUAAAAACCAUUUGCCGGCCGUUAUAUCCAAAGCAUGCUGGGGGGAAAAAAGAGAAGAAGAAGAAAACAAAUGCCACAUUCAUGUGUAUCAUAGAGAAGAACAAAAGAAGACAAACGAGAAAAACAAGAAAUAAAUUGAAAGCAAGAAAAGAAAACAAGCAG